UUAGUUGGUUGUAAAAUCAUAAUGGAAGUAAAUAAUUUAUGUUUAUAAAGUCUCAAACCUAAUCAACAAUAGUAGGAGUACAAGUAUAUAGCAACUUUCAGGCCCCUAUAAUCGAGUUUCUCUCCAUGGAGCUUCAAGCUCCUCAACCGGAUUGUAUAAUAAAAAUAGAGGCCAUUGGUUGUUGUGAAAAUUGUGCCAAAAGAGUGAGGGAAAAAAUUGUUCGACUGGAAGGUGUCCAUUCAGUUGAGAUAGAUAGAGAAAGGAGAUGGGUAUAUAUAGCAGGCGAUAUAGAGCUUCAGUCACUCAUGACCUACCUUACUCGCAGAUCAGUAAAACCUCAAAGUGUAAAACUUAUAUACUAUUGUUCCAAGGAGGCAAGAAAUGAUAAACAUCAUGCCAAGAAUCAAACUGAGUACACUCCAAUGGAGAAUAAGAAUCAUGAAAGCCAUGUCAAGGACAACUUGCCCAAGGAAACUUAUUGUCAUGACCAGAAUAAUAUGGCUAGUGAUCAUGCCAAGAAUACUCCUAGUAAUGACAAUUGCCCCAUGCAGAAUAAUUCCAAAAGAGAAGGUGGAAACUACAAUCAAGAUUCUUCUCAUCAUCAUACAAGGAGCGAUUACGAUCCAAAUCAUUAUGCACCACGUAAAGAUUGGGUCCAUGUAGCUGAAAAUUACGUAGCACAGCCACAGAAACAAGACCAACAUCCAUCUGUUGAUUGUGGAUGCAGGAAUCCAUCUUGUGAUUUUCAUGGUUGGAAGAGACAAGGAAGUAGUAGUGGUAGUCGCUUUGAUUUUGAUAGGGUACCAAUGGCGGCUGCCCACAUGCGUUCUGCCAGUGCGCGGUGGUUGAGGGAGGAGCUGCCACCGCCAUUUUAUGGAUACCAUGAGCCUAUUAUACCGAUACCUCGGCUGCCAGGACAAUUUCCUUAUAUAUGAUUGUGAGUGUUGUUAGAAAAAUGCUGAGGUCUUUUCAAUCAUUUGUAUGUAAUCACUGAUAUUAGCUUGCUGCUGUUAGGACUUAGGAGUUUGAAAGUUGUUAGUGCUAGCUAGUGUGCUACCAAGAAUUACAAACUGCAGCAGUAUAACUAUAAAACCCCCAUUUGAAAUUGAUUUUUUAUGUUAUAUCAUCACCCACACAAUUAAGAUUUAAUUUUUUUUUUGAGUGAGCUAUUUCACUAAUUUGUGCAUAGUGUUGCCUUUAUUAUAAGCCUUUAUAAUGUUGCCGUUUAUGCUACUAGUGUUAUUCGAGGACUAAAUUAUCCUGGAUUAUAGUCUUGACAUUAUAAUUCUUGGACUGAUUUCUCCACCUUCAGGUGGGAUGAAAUACUUCCAAGUUUGAUUGGAUAAGGUGCGAUAUCAAAAUUAAGUCUAAAUUUAUACUAUGUUAGGUUAUCGGUAUAACCGAAGGUUACUCUGUUUUUCAAUCAUUCACGUUUUCACCAUGUUGUCAAAGCGUGUAAUAGCUCAUUUUGUUUUUAUCCCACAUACUUUAAACACUGUUGUGCUGUUUAACUUUCAAAACUUUU